GCUGAAUGGAGUGGUGUCACUAACGCGGUAUCGAUUCGAGUAGGCUGCAACUGAGCGCGCGUGCUUGACAGGGGCGCGUGGCAGUGGGCGUCGUUCCUGCCUUUGCUGGUCAACGUCUCUCGAAGAAGUGUAGUGGAUCCGACGCCGUGCUUCGCUCAAAUCCACCACCGCUCCUGGUCGCCUUGUUCAGCUUCUUCGGCCAUUCGCUGCCUUUGCCUACUGGGUCAGGCUCUCAGCACAGAAUAACGCUAUGACCUCUCGAGAUCCUCAUCGCGAGCGCGCCUUCCGAACUGUUCUGUUGGACGUCAAAGCCAGCCACGAGAAUGAGGACGGACGCUAUGAAGAUUUGGCGGCCCAGCUUGACAGUCUGGACACGUUGAUCAGGGAGCACGACUUGAAAAUCAAGCCCCAACGCCAGGAGAUCUGCACUCCCGAUGCGAAAAAGCUCAGACAGUGGAUUAACAAUGCAUUCGGAGGCUUCAGGAUCUUCACGGAGCCAAUGCAGGUGCUGAGUGUUGCACAGAAGAAGCUGUACUUUGGUGAUCCCCUGCCUGAGCCGCAUUCGCCGCGGGAGCUGAAUUCAGAGGAGCGGAGGACUAGACAGCAGGCAUCCAGGGAAUCGUCACGACCGUCGCCCAUCAAUCCAAGUAAAUUGUCGAACAGUAGAGCUACAAGCUGGAGCCCCCACAUCGUAUCUCCUGCUGGAAACGUGAACAUCAAGUCGCGUCCCAACGGAGGCCAGAAGAUGCAACCGACAAAAAUUCGAAGGAGAGGGACCACUGGCCUCGCAGCGAGCUCAAAGGUGAGCUACGACGUCUCGCGCGAGAUCCCCAAUUCUCAAAGUGGCAACACUUCCUCGGAUGAGCGUGACAGUGCUGCGAAAGUCAAGAGCACCGAAGUCGUCGAUCUGUCUGCUGAUGCAGCCAACAAAUCAUCGGCAUCUUCACUACACAAGGACAAAAACCGAACAGUCCCAAUCCUAGGACUAAAACGCAACGCAGAAGAGACACUCGAGAGUGAGGUGAGCCGAGGAAGCAAGAAACGCGUAGGUGACAAGGAUGAGCAGUCCCGUGUCAAUGACACAAGACUCGAUGACCUUUGCUCUGCAGGGAAGCAAAGCGCAGAUACUAGUCUCCAAGUCACGGAACAAUGGGUAUCGAAGGAAAGCGACGUCUUCGACAAGCAAGCAGAGCAUGCUACUGAAGAGCAGCAUGGUUCCACGAGCCGUGGGACGCACCACAAGGCAGAUGGGGUCCGCGCGCUCGACGAACGGAGUUCUACCACAGCACACGCCCAUGCCGAGAGUGGACCACAGUCUGGAGAUAACGGAUUGGCGAUCAAUAGCCAAGAGAGCCUUCCGGAGAUGUCAAGCUAUGGGAGAAGUAUGCCAAGUGAGACACAAACUUUUGUCGACCGAGACACAUCGAAUGGUGCCCCCAAGCCCGUGUGCCAGCUAGUUGUGCAAGGUAUUGGUGCUGCUGUGCCGGGCUCCGAAGACGAUAGCGGCAGGGGAGCUGCCACGUUCCGACCUAAAUUGGCGGAAGGCCCCAAAGCACCACAGCAGUUGGUUCCGGAUCCGGUCUUAACAACAAUUGACCUCGACGCUGGGCUCAGGUAUCCUGCCAACCUUCGUUUGGUUGAUGACCUGAAACAGCGAGUGACUGCGACCGUAUCCGCUAUACGUGGAAUAGCGUCGACCAUCGUCAUAGGUUGUGACCUGCUAGAAACUCCUCCUAGUUUGAUGACAGACCCCGAUGGGAACACGGAACGUUUGUACAGACAGCUGUCACUCGAACAUCUGAUCUUGCAAAUUGGUGCAGACAGACUGAAAGACAACAGCGACUUCGACAGGGAGGAAAUCCAGCCACGUGCCAAAGAACACGCAGAGUCCCUGUUCAUGUCCAUCAUUCCGCAAUUGAGGCAUAUGAACACCAAGCUGAAGAUCUCAAGCCCACAGCGCGACAAGGUACUGCGGUCGUUGGCAGGCGUUUUCGCGGACUCACUGAAGCUGCGAGGCCGUCUGGACGCUGCCACUGCCGACUACCAAUAUUAUUGGCUAUGCAGCGGAACGGAAUUUGAAAAGUCGCGAAUGCAGGAACUGCGUGGAUAUGACGAGGGAGGUGUGGAGAGGGCAAUGGCGUGCAUCUUUCCUGGUAUUGGAGUCAAGGACAAAGGCACAGUCCUGGUCAAGGCCCAAGUGUACGGCCUCUGAGAGCCUGCUCGUCAUGCCAGACUUGGGAACGGGCGAGAAUGGUAUUCUACAGCGAAGAGGUGGACUAGAUGUAUGACCGCCGAAUGAAUUGGCUCCCGCAGGUAUGGGCUUCGCACGAGGGUUGCUAAUGGCUCUACAUCUUCAUGGCCAGGACUUCAGGUUUCGUGCCGGGAAGUGGCCUAGAGCACAAGGAGAGGUAGCACUGCUACGGUAGUAUGGGCCAAAGUUCGGUUCGCACGAUCUUGCAUGUGAUGUAGCAUUGUCCCGAUGGGUGAGCAGGUCGAGUG